AUGGAGAGGCAUCUGUGGGAAAAGUUGCGUGGAACUAAUGUUCUUCUAUGCAGUGUCACCUUCUCACUCGGUGUUGCUGUGGCUGUGAGAUGGGUGACCAAUCGCUGGGCCUCUCAAAUGCGUCUUCGCAACAGGGUGGUGAUUCUAGCUUUUAUUAGGAAAGCUGUGGAGGAGUGGGAAGAGCCCUGUUUGCGGGAGGUAGAGGAGCUACUUAUCACAGCCCCGAAAAGUAUGGUGACGACGACGACGACGGCGCAGUGUUCAGGUAUACUCGAUGGUGACUUGCUUUUCAAGGAAUCAGAUGCGGAUAUAAAAGACAAGGAAAGCAUUGCUCCGUUUCACGGUUCAGUGCGUUCCAUGGCGUAUGCGCAUGGAGUGGAUUUGGAUCAGUGGUUGCGUUUGUGGCGCAUGGGACGCUGCGUAUGCAACUCGCUAUUGGAAGAUAUGCUGUUAAUAGAGAGAUUGGGAUAUAUUAUAAAGUAUGUUGCGUUUCGACGGCUUGCAUUGAUGGCAGAAGCUCGAUAUUAUGCGGCGGUGUGGCGCAGUGCUGUGUAUGGUGGAUGUUCUGAUAAUCAGGCAGGAAUCCAUGUACCAAAGCCACUCAUACCACCGUGGCUUGUGGGACGACGUCCUUUUUGGAUCGUCCCCUUGUCUGGAUUAGAAACGGGACGGUUCUUUUGCAUUCCUUUAAGUUACUUUCCCGUUGAGACUGUUCUUACCAGUAAGGCGGAGGAAACGUGGAUAAAAGAACUUGUGGAGAUGUUGCCAGAAAUCGCUGGACAAGAAGCCCUUUGGUUUCUUCCAGCGGUGUGGCGAAAAAAAAGAACUCUGAAGCUUGUGCGUUCCCUUGUAGAAUUAAGGUUCCCCAAUGCAUGGCAGCGGUUGUGGGGAGAGAUAGAUCGUCUCUUCAACACACAUGGCAUAAGCCUUGCCAAGAGACAGUUGGAGAGACAUGAAGAAGCUUGUCAGCGUUUCUAUCGGGAGAAAUUGUUUAAAAGUGUUGAAUUGGUAACGGGGGAAGGAAUAGAUUUGGAAGGGUCUGAGGAAGAAGCUUCUUUUGGUCAGUUGUUAAGUUAUAGGGAGAGGAUUGCUGGUCGUGACGUUUUGUUGCGUGAUGUCUCCGUGUCUGGUAGACUUCAGUGGCUACUUCGCCUUCGCUCAAUGAGUCACGCAGUACGGGUAGCCAUUGGAUUAAUAGCACCACCCUGCAGCUUCUAUGCGGAAUGGCUACUGUUUUCGGCUAUUUCGUCAGCCACAAAUAAUAUGGAGCGUGAAAGAGUUCUAGCGGAGUUCUCACGGCAUGUCCUCCGGGGUGCAUUCGCUGCUGUUUCAGGUGCCUUGCUUCGCUCAUUAGAUGAUGCGGUCAAGAGAAGAAUAUACACAUUAUUGCGCGAUGAGUUAAGCCAUGAACUGGCCGUAAAACUUGCAACAGUCGAUGAGGCCUUUUUGCGGCGCUGUAUAGAUAAUGGAGCUCUUGGAAGUGACAACCCUGUUGAAAAAUCUUUUAUGUACGCUGAAAAUGUGGCAUCACAAAUUAUCAGUCGUUUUGAUUAUGAGCAGCGCAGCUACAUGGCACGCUCUGUUGUGGUACUUUUCAGUGUAUGGCGCCGGGAAGUCGAUAUUGCAGUAUUUGCAGCGGUUAUAGCAAUGAUAGACUAUCGUGUCUUGAUACAAAAAAUCUGUCACUGGUUGGGAAUAACUGUGACGAAGGAACUAAAACACGAGUUGAUGCGCAUAGAAGCGGAACCGCUCCCAGUAGUGCCACGCUACGGUCUACGAAUUAUGAUGGAAAUCUUGGCAGAUGAAGGAAAAAAGGCUGCGGAGCAACAGAAUAGAGAAGGGGAGGAGAGGGCGCAUUGCCGACCCGAAGGAAAAAGCUCGUGGCCUUUUCUUGCACUGGUUGUUUGCGGGGGAACCUUUCAAUUGGAAUGGCCAACGGUUGGUUUCACCUUUGGCAAUGAUGAUGUCUCAAAGCUAUGCUGUCUUGAGCGUCUUGAAAACCUGUUUAGCAAAGUAAUCGUUUCUGAUAAUAACCAUAUUUAUGGUGGCAGCUUCUUGCCUUGGGCGCCGGAAUCCCCAACGGCCCUGCAAAAAAUAACUGCGAGUCCACUUGUGGAAAGUCUCAGACUGGAUGCAGCCUGUGUCAAGGAGUUUGUAUUAAAUGCGGCUUUUAAGACAUGCGACGUGCCUGCAAGCACUCGGGGCUGGGAAAACAUUGGGCAAACACAAUUAAUAAAUAGUAAAAAAGCCCAGGCGUUGCUGCAUGCCGAAGAAAUGGAAUUAUUGAGCGAUACGCGAGCCAUGGACCAUAUUCCCCAUUUGCUUUCUUUUGAAGAUAUUUUUGACAAACCUCCUCGGUUCAUUCUUCGUCAAUUGGGCCUGGAGACCAUAUUUGCCUACAGGGCGGCAACGGCGGUUCAGCAGAGGGAGAGUCACUCCAUAAAGGAGACUCUUACUGAUUUUGUUUCAAGCCCGUUUCGCAAUAUGUUUACGCAGAUUUUUUUGCAUUUAUUGGAAUUUAUUGAAAAGGUAUUGUUUUUUGCCCUUUUGAAUAAUCGUGAAAAGCUGCCAUUGCUUUCAUGGCGGGUGGUGUGUAAGUUUUCUGGCGGGGUUACCACGGCUAAAACUGCGGGUUGGGAUGCUAUUUCGCUUUGGGGGCGCAUGGGUGGUUAUUCUGCGGCGCUGAAAGAGUACGGAGAUUGUAGCUUUGGUCCUCCUUUUCGUCUCAGUCAGCAGAUUGCACGCUAUUUGCCCACUAAUUUGGACGAUACUUCACCGAUUCAUUAUGCCCCCAUCUUUAAAGAACGCCGCCGGGCGUGGCAAAGGAAAAUCCAACGACAACAAAGGAGAUAUCCUAAGAACAUAAAAUUUGAUGAUGUUGGGCGUAUUAUUGGAAACUUUUCCCUUACCAAAGGUAUUGAUUUUUGUGGUGUUUACUUUGCCUACCCGCAGCUUCACCAUCAUCUUGAGGAUGGUUCUUUGUUGCCGGCUUUAUGCGAUGUCACGAUGAAAUUUCCAGCAGGUGAAAUGACGGCCAUAAUUGGUGAAACGGGGUCUGGAAAAAGCACUAUACUAGGUUUGUUGAAACGCAUGUUUGACCCAAUACCAACACUAUGUAUUGACGAAGAUGAGACUGAAAUCUGGAGGAAAAGUGAGUGGAUGGUUGAAAACAUUCGUUCGUGUUUAGGUAUAUGUUUGCCUUUGCCAACGGAGGAAGUUCCUUUAUUAAACCUCAUUUUGUUAGAUGGCAUUCCUAUGGGUUGCUUUUCCACAUCUUACCUUCGGAGUGGCAUUGGUAUGCUGGAGCAAAGCCCUUGUAUAUUUGAGGGGCUUUCUUUUUUUCAAAACAUUACUCUUUUUACACCUGGUGCCUCCAUUGGUGAUGUCGAGGCCUCGGCGAAAACUUGCCAAUGUGAGGGUUUUAUUUUCUCCCGCCCACUGGGCUACGAAGCUUUGGCCGGCGAACUCAGCUGUGGGGAAAAACAGCGCUUGUCUCUGGCGCGCGCUGUGGUGAGUGGCAAGGGUGGCUGGGGUAUUCUUUUGCUUGAUGAGCCGACGGCGCGGCUGGACGGGUAUAACGGGGGCUUGGUGGAAGACGCGGUGGGGGGUGUUGGGGGAUGCUUUACGGCGAUUGUGGUUUCCCACCGUCUCUCCACACUGCGGUCCGCCACUCGCGUGGUUGUUCUCGGCGACGGCCGGGUGGCGUACCAGGGGCCGCUCUGGGAUCGUCCCGGGGCGAGUUUGUUUCUUCAGCGCCUUGAAGCGGCGCAGGUUUUGAGGGCCUGA